UAGAACUUCGCAUUCACAGUGAGGUAGCUAGUGGAUGUUUUGCGAAGUAGACAUAGCCGACGAAAUAUUCCGAUGAGAUUGCGCUAACGUUGCAGAUGUGGAUUCUUUAAAAUCGAUACUACAGAUGAAAAGAUAUCUGAGUCAACAUGAAAUCGAGUCGUGCAGUAUUCACCAGAGAGAGCUUUUUCCCCCCGGAUCCCCCCAUACCCAAGACACAUUACAACCCUUCCCCCAAAAAGAAGAUGUCGAAAAAACAGCGAAAGACGAACCUGAGCCCCGUGCGUUUGGACAAACCCCACAGCCAUUUUCCAACUCGGGUGGAGUCACUGGGCCCUGAAGACCAACGCCUCACAGGGCCAAAUGUCCACUGCCCCUCUACUACCACAGUGGUCCAGCCCAGCUUCUCCGAGUCGUGGCCUUCCACUGAUAGUGAAUCAUCUCCAGCCAACACAACAGUCUUCCCCAGCAACGAAGCUCUGCCCCAGGCUUCAAAUUCAGGAAAGUCCCCAUCCUUUGCUGAACCUGGCACCCAAGAGGAUUCAGUGUUGGCAAAGUACGUGGAACGAUUCCGUCACGGGAGGCCCCAGAGUCGAGAAGAGCGGCAGCGCAUGGCAGUUACAGCGGGAGAGAGGCGGCCAUUUUGGUGGCUGUCCUCUUCUCCUCCUCAUUCCAGUUCCACCACCACCACCACCACACAGCCUGCACAGAAAGGGUCUUCCCUGGCCCAUGGAGAUAGCCGGACUACCACACCUCGAAGUCCAAUAGGACGGUCUCGACACAGCCCCCCUCACUCUCCAAAUGGAGCUCCCCUUGACUUUAGUGUCACGGGUUUGUCAGACUCCUCACACUGUGACCCUGGAGACCCAGAGAUACUGCAGCUGCAGGAGAGGGCCAGCAGGCUCCUUCAGAGGAGUGAAGACUCCCUCAGCAGUGGCUCUCUCCCCAUCAGCUCUGAAGGCCUGGGCUGUUCAGACUUGUCCUCCCCUGUCAGUGCAGAUGAGCUGGUUCGAAGGCCUGUAGUUGCCAGUCUCUUGGAACCUACCACUAGUGUAGUCACCCCAACAGUUCUGCCUAUCGGUCCCCUAUCCAAACCCUCUCUGGGUGGCCUUGUGGCUCCUCCUACACGCCCAGAUGAGGACAUCUUGUUCCAGUGGCGUUUGCGGAGGAAGAUGGAACAGGCCAGACAGUGGCCCCUCCUUCAGUCACAGGGGCCAGCCCUUCACCAGCCCCAGGCUAGCAGGCAGCCACAGCAGGCACAACAUGGCUUCUAUCCCUCAGACCCUCCUCAGCGAGUCUCCCGUCUCUGCACAGCUGCCCCUCAGGAUCCCAGUUUCCCUCACGGUGUCCCUGCCCCACCACUCCAUGCUCCUUCCCUCCCCAUUGCCAGCCCCUCUGUUCCAAAGCUCCGCCCUGACGCCCCCGUCGCAGCCCACAUGCACCUCCUCUGCGAUGUGCUGCCUUGCCCCCUCCAGCACCCGCCCUCCUCCAGACGGAGGAGCCCCAGAAAACGGGAGGUUCCUCCCCGGGACUCCGCCUACAGCCCGCCGAAGGGCCACCCCAGCUCCACAGAAACCAGCUCCGAGGAGCUCCCCAGCAAGGAGUCGUCCUCUCCUCCGUUAGUGUCGUCCGAGACAGCCGAUGAACAGUGGCUGACUGAAGAAAAGAAGGCUGGCAGACAGAGGAAGGACACGUUGCAGAAGGCGGAGGCUGAGAGAAGCCAAAAGCCGACAGCGCCAUCCUGCAGCAAGAAAACAUCGGCCAGAAAUCACGGAGAAGGAGAUCAAGUGGAUAGCCACAAAAGGCCCGCUCGGACAGGGAGAGGAGUCACCAGAGACAGAGGGGAGAAAGAUAAGGUCACUCGGCAGCCAGAGCGGUCCAGUAAAGAAGGGAAGUGGGAGAAGAGUCAGAGAUCAAGGAGAGAAGGGCGCCCAGGUGAUCAGGCACCCCCGCCCUCUCCAAUACAUAGCACCCUGGGACAGGUCAUUUCUGAGGUUCUGUUCCCCACCUCGGAUUCAUCUCCUCGCCCAAGGACUCCUGGCUCCUCUGACUCCCCCAGAUACACUCCUCCUGCACCCCCACAAUCCCCCGCUCCUCCCCCCAGCGUGCCACAGGCCCCUGAGGUUAUAGCUCAGCUGUUGCAGGAGGCCGAAGAUUCAGACGGGCUGGAGUUUGAAGAUGACCCCUUGCUGCAGGUCUUAAGACAGCAAAGGGAAUGGGUAAAACAGCAGAUCAGGUGA